GUAUGUGAAGAAAUUCUAUUUUGAUAGUGUUUUUUAUUCUAAAAUCAAGUGUUUUUGAAAAAUUCAACUUCUUUACAUGAAAACUAAUUAAUAAAAAUUACUGUGAAAAUAAAGUGAAAGCUUAGAAUGAAGAAAAAGUAGUGAAAGAAAUAACUGUGUAUUAACGCGCUCAAGCACAUCACCUAACACACAUACACACCUACUUGUAUGUUAUAAUAAUAUGUAAACUUGUGUCUUUGUGUUUGCGCACUUCACUAUUUCCAUGUUUGAAUGCACUUCUAGACGCCGCAACUACUACCUAGCAGCACUUUGCCGUAGACGCCAGGAAUAGAAUGUAAAUAUUUACGCACAUCGAUGGCUUUGAAAUAGUGCAAUGACGAUAUGCGACAUUUUUAAUGGACAAAGGAAAAGAAAUUAACUCAAAAUGAAAAAAAUCAGCCAAGCAUAAUAUGUACAUACAUACAUAUUAUAUAAGGUGGAAAUAAAAAGUGAAAAAUACUAUAAUAUUAAAACGGCAGAGGCGGUAUGUAUAAAAGCCACUUUAAAGGCCAAUAGCAGCAAAAUAAUCCAAAGAAAUAACGAUUGGCUUUAUUCAUACGGGCGCGGCGGCUGGUGUUAUAUAAACUAGAAGAAAAUAAAAUAAAAAGUUCGGCUAAGCGGUGGUAAAAACAACAGAAAAUUCAACAGUAAAAAUAACAACAACAAAAGCAGUAGUUCCCAGCAGCUGACAGGAUUGAAGACGGCGAAGAGAAGAAUAGAAGUGGCAAUAAGAGGAAAGCAGCAGAAAGGCCCAAAGCAUAAUAGCAAACAACAACAACAACAAUAAAAUUCAUAAAUCAAGCGAAGUAAAUAUUUAACAAGACAACAAUAAACAGUGACUAAAUAGAAAGAAAACAAAACUGCUUACAAGGGGAGUGGAACAACUACCAGCGUAUAAUCUGCGAACAAACCUCCAUUAGAAUAGGCCUUUUGGGCCGCUAAACCAAGCCAUCCACUUAGCCACUCAAAACGACCAACCGUCCAUUGAGACUCGCUACGCAACAGGCCCACCUACCAACCUGCAUAAGUGACUAGCCAUUGCAUUGUGAAGGCAAUCAACCCAAAAACAUUUACGGUGAAAAUACAAACAGCUGCACUGGCGCACUUCAGACAGAACUUCAUUAACAGCAACAACCACAACAACCCCUCCAAUUUUGGUGUCGGUGGCAGUGGGGGUGUAGCUGGAGUACCCAUUAUUAUGGAAGGCCCGGAAGUGACAUUCCUCUUUCAAUUUGGCAGUUUGCGCGAUGCUGUUUCAGUGGCGGCCAGUAGUUUAACAUUGAAAUCGCUCAAGGACUUAGCUUGUGAAUUCAUCAACACAAAGAUACCCGACAGCGGCUUGACGCACCUACCGGAGCGUGUACUACUCUUUCGCCAUGACUACAAUAGUCCAAAUGUAUUGCACAUCAUUAACUCGGCAGCGGAAGUGGUUGAUGAGACUCUGGUGGAGAUUGUACUGACAGCCAGCCCCAUCCUGUAUCCUACAUCGGAAAUGCCGACAUUAAAACCACAUACGCUCAAUGUGCAUUCGUACAAAGCGCCAACAUUUUGUGAUUUUUGUGGUGAAAUGCUGUUCGGUUUGGUACGUCAAGGACUCAAAUGUGAUGGUUGCGGACAGAACUACCAUAAACGGUGUGUGGUGAAGAUACCCAACAAUUGCAGUCGCCCCAAUGAUACUAGCUCGAGACGGUCCUCAGCCUUACAGCCGCCUCGCAGUCCAUCAGGUGGUUCAACACAAUCACUGAUUUCGAAUGAAGAUCAGGCGCGGAGCGAUGGCGGUAGCUCACUGAAUGUCCCACAUUAUCGGAGCCACAGUCGUUCGCCCUCCUCGAGCAGCCGCAAUGGCAGCAAUCAUUGCCUUGGGGCCAAUAUUUCCAUGUACACACCCACGCUCGCUUACGCCGAAAAAAUACGCAUUCCACACACCUUCAUGGUGCACACCUAUGGCAUACCGACAGUAUGUCAACAUUGCAAAAAACUACUGAAAGGCCUAUUCAAACAGGGUCUACAAUGUAAAGAUUGCCAAUAUAAUGCGCAUAAGAAAUGCUUAGAUAAAGUGCCACACGACUGUACCGGCGAACGGCAGUCCCAUACCAAUGACUAUGCAGAUAAUACGCCUACGCAUGCGCAUAUGGGGAAAGGGAGCGAUAACUUCUUCCGCGAAGAGUUCGAUGAUAGCGAUUUCGAAGACAAUCCGCCGCCUAGUAGUGCUGGCUACACGAGUAACUCGGCGCAUAAGUAUGGCAUUGCCGGUGGAGUAAAAUCUACGCGUACUGGCAUACCUAAGACGACAACGAAUGCACACAAUUCACCGCCAGAGUUGGUAAAUGGAUUAGUUGGAGCUAGCGAUGGGCAUGCUGGAUAUACGGAUGGGCGCAGUGUCGGUGAGGGUCAAUCAAUUGAUGGACAAUCGGAGCAAUCGAGCUCCUCUUCUUCGCCCAGUGCCAAUAUACCUUUAAUGCGUAUCGUACAAUCUGUGAAGCAUACAAAGAAGCGAGGGGGUCAAGCGAUCAAGGAAGGUUGGUUGGUACAUUUUACCAGCUUAGAUAAGACGGUGAAGCGCUAUUAUUGGCGCUUGGACUCGAAGACACUUGCCCUAACGUUGUUCCUCUCCGAGCAGGGCAGCAAAUAUCACAAAGAUAUACCACUGUCCGAAAUACAGGGAAUAGAUACGAAUCGUGAUUUGCGCGUAGACAACAAUUAUUGCUUCGAACUCAAGACAGCUACCAUAAGCUACUAUGUGGGACAAGAUCCAUUGGUAGGAGUACGUGAAGAGCAACCGGUAAGACUGCCGCCGCCAGAUAGUGGUAUAGGGUCGGAUAUUGCCAAGAGCUGGGAGACAAUCAUCAAGCAGGCCUAUAUGCAUGUCACAAAUACACAAUGCUGCGAAUCAGAAGAAAACGUUCAGGAUAUGGGUCAGCUUUAUCAGAUAUUCCCCGACGAAGUGCUUGGUUCGGGUCAAUUUGGUGUUGUCUAUGGAGGUGUACAUAAAAAAACUAAACGAGAAGUGGCCAUUAAAGUUAUUGAUAAGUUGCGCUUCCCCACUAAACAGGAGGCACAGCUCAAGAAUGAAGUUGCCAUAUUACAGAACAUUUCACAUUGUGGUGUUGUGAAUCUCGAGCGCAUGUUCGAAACGCCUGAACGCAUAUUUGUUGUGAUGGAAAAGCUUAAGGGUGAUAUGUUAGAGAUGAUACUCUCGCACGAGCGCGGACGACUUAGUGAACGAGUGACGAAAUUCCUCAUUACACAAAUACUCAUAGCGCUUAAACAUUUGCAUAGCAAAAAUAUUGUACAUUGUGACUUGAAACCGGAAAAUGUGUUGCUCUCAUCCGAUAACGAAUUUCCACAAGUGAAGUUAUGCGAUUUUGGUUAUGCUAGAAUUAUCGGCGAGAAAUCCUUCAGACGAUCGGUAGUAGGAACGCCGGCUUACUUAGCCCCUGAGGUGCUGCGCAAUAAGGGCUACAACCGUUCACUGGAUAUGUGGAGUGUUGGUGUUAUUAUUUACGUCAGCCUCAGCGGCACAUUCCCCUUCAACGAGGAGGAAGACAUUAAUGAUCAGAUACAAAAUGCCGCUUUUAUGUAUCCGCCAAACCCAUGGAAGGAGAUCUCAUCAAAUGCCAUCGACCUAAUUAACAAUCUGCUGCAGGUGAAGCAACGCAAACGUUACACUGUCGAUAAGAGUUUGCAGCACUACUGGCUGCAGGAUAAGCAAACCUAUCGGGAUUUGCGGAAUUUAGAAGGUCAGGUUGGUACACGUUAUCUAACACAUGAGGCGGAUGACAUACGAUGGGCCAGCAGUGGUGACACCUGACCUGUUGUAGUAGAAAGCAAAGCCAUUAGCGGACAAGGCGAACAAGAAGGCGAGUUCCAAAAGAAAGAGCAACAGCAAAAGCAACAAAUUCUAGAAAUGUCAGCCAAUGAACAACAGCGGCCCCGCCAACGCCAAAAGUUAUCCAUACAACAACAAUCACAGCAACACCAGCAUAUCGAUGCUGAGGCUUGCGGUUGUCGCAGUUUACCCGGUACACCGAAAGUGGAAGCUAUUGGCGAUAAGGCUAUAAAAUGGGUGCGCGGGCAUUUGUGUCGAAAUGUGAAAUGAGAUGCAUACCAAUAAAAAAGCUAAAAAUAUUACAUAAAUAAAUAAUAAAAUAGAAAAAAAUAGUAAAACAAAUACAUUAACUCAAGCAACAUUUUGGUCAAAAUUUCUGAAUAUUUAAGUGAUCUAACUUCUUAUAACUACACUAACGUACUUCAUACGCAUAUGUUUACUUAGAAAUAUAUGAAGUACACACUCUCUUAAGUGCCCCAAUAGACAAGAUAGUUUCUUUACAAAUUUUUCUAUUACAAUACGAACAAUAUAAGAAUGAAGAAUCGAAAUAUACAUUGUAUGUGUGAGUGAUAGGUCAUAACUAAAAAUGAACUUGUAUGAGUAUAUUUACAUGUAUUGAAAUUUGUUGAAUUUUCCUCUAAACAGUACCUUACACGAUUUUCGUAUGGAAUUGUAAUUUACAAAGCGUUAUAUAUACAUAAAUACGUAUAACUUUUAUGAUUACUUAUAAUAAAGGAAUGAGUAUAAAUUAAUAAUGAAUAUGAAUCAAAUUAAAUUAAUUAUUAAUACUUACCAAUAUACACAUGCUGAUAUGUAUGCAUGUAUGUAUAUAAUUAGAUUGCCAAGGCGUACAAAUUGCAAAUGCUUACAACAACUGAACCAAUGUGCUAAAUUUUUUCUCCGCUAUUCCGUAACUCAGCUCUAGUUCCGUAUGAAACUUAAAUGUAUACAUACAUAGGUAUAACAAAUGUUAUAUUUACAUAAUUAAUUACAUAGGGUCUGUGCUAUGUAUUCUAUGUAAAACUUUUAAGGUCGUUAAGAUCAGUCUUAUGAAAUAAAGUGUUAUUA